AUGUCCGACGACAAGAAGAGACAAGCCAGGAAAGUGGCUGCCCAAAAUGGCAUUGUUAAUCCUUCUGGUGCAGCCCUCAUAGCUGCAGCGCCCAUAUACCUUGCUCUUAUACCAUUAACGUCGUACCUCACAAAACCUAACAGCAUCAUCCAAUCUCUCACACACGCGCUGAUCAAGCUCAUUCCUGGCGUCGGCGUCACGUCCGUCACCUCUGGCCGCGCCAUUCCUGCCCUCUCAGCCCUGUAUCUCUUCUGGACAUUCGGCGCGUCGGGCGCGGCAUCCGCUGCGGGACAAGCCAUGGCCCGUGAAGAAGGGUUUGAUAAUGACCAUCCGAGGAAACAUAUCAAUGCACUGGAGGGGUUGCCAUUGAGACUAAGGAGUGCGCAUUAUGCUCUAAUGGAAAACUUUCCCGCGUUCGCACUCGCUGCGGCGUUGGCGCAGGUUAUUGCGCCGAACGAUGCUCAAGUGGUCAACUUGCUUGGCUUCCACGUAAUCGCGAAGUUGUUGGUGCAUUAUCCCGCGUACCUCGGGAACGUUGCUCUACCGAGAACCGUUGCACACCUGAGCGCGACGGCGGCGUUGGUAAAUGUGUGUUGGACACUAGCUGCUGGUAACUAAGCUAUAGUAAACUGUUUAGAAAAGCUACAUAUACAACAGACAAC